AUGAUUAAUUUUGACGGUUAUAAGCGUCCAUCACCCUCACCGUCACGAUGCUCCGUUCGCAGUGAUAGUAGAGUCUUCCGACAACCUCGUGUGAUUCAAGUGAAUCGUGAUGCAGCUACCAUGAUGGAUGAGGAAGCUAUUGUAUGCCCUGGGACCACAGCAGAGGCGGGCUGCCCGUCUGACUUCGAAACUCACGUUAACCAACAUGGUGCUCAUUUUCGAUCACGAACAUUCAGUGAUGGCUUUAUUAGAAACACUAGUCUAGAAUUGUUACUUGGCGUGGAUUGUGAAGCUUGUUUAGAGCUUGCUUCGCAGAGACAGUGUAUUAAUGAGCCAAUAUCCGAGCAAGAUUUCGACUUGGUGUGCAACUGUAAUGUUCGUCAAAAUAAUUACUUAAAUUGCUACCGAGACUACAUCAAGCAACGUGGACACACUCUCAAUAUUUAUGAUAUAGAAAGGAUCAAAAGAGAUACAGGUCGCAAUAGUCUUGCGGUAGGUUCACAUCGCAGCCUCGACAGGAAACAUUAUAAAAGUAAAACUAUAGGUGUAUCGAGCUACAUCUCAAAACAGUUCAUCUCGUAUGACCCAACAAAUACACUUGUUCAAAAAAUAAAAAGAAAGUUGUCUAAUUUAAAGAAAAUGAAAGGCGAUUCUAUAGCAAGAAAGCCUCAAAAUUCACUUCAACUAGCUGAAAUGGCAUCAAGUUCAUGUAACUCUCUCAAAAAGCCAUCAACAUUGUCUCUUGUUGAUAAAUCUCAUAAGAAAAUGGACAGUCAAAAUUGUAUCUUCUCAUCAUCAAGUAUACAGUCGAAAGAGGACUUGAAACACAAUAUAAAAACGUAUGAAAAUUUUUCCUCAAAUAUUGACCAAUAUUUCGAUCGUCUUCGAAGUAAUAACACCGAAAAUACCUCCCAAAAAUUUAAUAAAACGAGAAAUUACGAAAACGAUGAAUUACUAUCACGAAAUUCACCAGUGAUUAAGUUUUCAACACUCGACAAUCGGAGUCGAUGCCGAAGUAUAAAAAGACAGUUGUCGUGUAACGAUUUUCCAAGCGACCGAUAUAGAGACAGAGUGGUGGACUCGUGGCCGCAAGAUGAAAAUGAUUUUGUUUCCAGAAACUCACGAAAUGAUAUAGAUGAUACGCAAACAUUCAUAGAAGUUGACAAAGUAGUAAGACCUAAUCCACGAACUGCUCAUGCACACUGUACUUGUAAUUCUGGACAUGAUAAUAGAGUUCCCUCAAUCUUCUAUGACACACGCGGUAAGAAACGCACAACACCAGCUCCUGACGUAACAGACAGAUCGGGUCGCGGGCCGGCGUGCAGCGCCUGCAAGCCCGCCCAAUGGUUACCUACGACUGCAACAUCCACAACGAGUCACAGUUCUACUGCUACAGCUAACUCUUCACGUUUGUCUGCAUGGCACCGUCGUUGGUGUUGUGUUGCCAUAUUGGUGCUAGUCGCUGGCACGGCCUGCGUAGCUGGUCCUCUUGCACUGCGAGCCCCACCCGGCGCACCUCUACACGAGCGUCUUCGCCUUGCAGAACGUCUUUUACAUGACACUCCCCUUAUUGAUGGACAUAAUGAUUUACCGUGGAAUAUAAGAAAGUUUUUACAUAAUAAAAUAAAAGAUUUCAGAUUCGAUGAAGAUUUACGCACGAUAUCUCCCUGGGCAACGAGCUCUUGGAGUCACACCGACUUGCCUCGCUUAAAACAGGGUCGAAUUUCUGCGCAAUUUUGGGCCGCAUACGUACCUUGCGACGCACAAUAUCGAGAUGCAGUACAAUUGACCUUCGAACAAAUAGACUUAAUUCAGAGGCUGACGGAAAAAUAUCACCCGCAACUAACAUUUUGUACCUCCGCUGAUGAUAUACUUACGGCACACGCCAAUCACCGGCUAUGCUCACUCGUGGGCGUGGAAGGAGGACAUGCAAUCGGCGGAUCGCUAGGCGUGUUGAGGACCUUAUACAAAGUUGGUGUUAGGUAUCUGACAUUGACUUCCACUUGUGAUACACCAUGGGCUGAAUGUGCUUCAGCUGAUCGACCCGAACCUGCUCAAAGAGGAGGUUUAACCCCGUUUGGUAAGGUUGUGAUAAAAGAAAUGAACAGGCUUGGCAUGCUUGUGGACUUGUCUCAUGUGUCUGAACGCACGAUGCGCGAUGCUCUAUCAGUGUCGCGAGCACCGGUCCUCUUUUCACAUUCAUCAGCGCGCGCCAUAUGUAACGUCACUCGCAACGUGCCUGACAGCGUGUUACGAUUAUUGGCAGUCAAUAAAGGCCUUAUAAUGGUUAACUUUUACACAUCGUUUCUCACAUGCAAGGAUACUGCGACCGUUCAAGAUGCGAUAGAACACAUAAAUCAUAUUCGUGACAUUGCUGGUGUCGAUAGCGUAGGUUUGGGCGCAGGAUAUGACGGAAUUAAUUAUACACCGCAAGGCUUAGAAGACGUUUCCUCAUAUCCCCUUUUAUUCGCUGAAUUAAUGGAGGAUGGUUGGAGUAUAGAAGAUCUUAAAAAAUUGGCUGGCCAAAAUCUUUUACGAGUCUUAAGUGCUGCAGAACGCGUGGCUCAGGAGCUAGCGGCUGCUAAUGUAACUCCCUAUGAAGAAGUUGCCCCACGCACUUUUGAUGUUCAUAAUUGUUCCAGCCAAGACGUCUAAAUAUAAAAGGAUUAUGCAUAAAA